AUGUCCGCCCUCCGUGUGGCCGCGCGCCGUCUGCCUCGCGCAACCAGACUGGUUCCUUCCCUUGAGUCACCGAUUCAGCGACGAUUUGCGGCGACGUCCAGUGUUGCUCAGGAUGUGAAGACUCAGGUGGAGAAGGAGGCGACUUUGCCCAAUCCUGACCCUUCGGUGGACUCGCUCACCGUGUCGUUCAUCAGAGAGCGGGCUCCCUUCAUGGUCCCGACCUACGUUCGCCCGGCACCUAUCAUGAUGAAGGGACAGGGCUGCUACCUGUGGGAUAUGGAGAAUAGACGGUACCUGGAUCUGACUGCCGGAAUUGCAGUCAACUCCCUCGGCCACUGUGAUCUUGAGAUCGCCAAGAUUGUUGCGGAGCAGGCCGAGACUCUCAUUCACGCGUCGAAUUUAUACCACAACCCAUGGACUGGUGCUUUGAGCCAGCUCCUCAUCAACCUCACCCGCGAGUCUGGUGCUAUGCGCGAUGCCUCCCAGGUCUUCAUUUCCAACUCCGGCACCGAAGCCAAUGAAGCUGCCAUCAAGUUCGCCCGCAAAGUCGGCCGGUCUAUCGAUCCCACCGGUGCCAAGCAUGAGUUCGUCUCCUUCAACAACUCCUUCCACGGCCGUACAAUGGGUGCCCUCUCCGCAACCCCGAACCCCAAGUACCAGACUCCCUUCUCGCCCAUGCUUCCGGGUUUCAAGUACGGCAAUUACAACGACGUUGAGCAACUGCAGACUCUCAUCACCGACAACACCUGUGGUGUGAUCGUCGAGCCUAUUCAGGGCGAGGGUGGCGUCAAUGUUGCUAACCCUGAGUUCCUUGUCGCCUUGCGCAAGCGCUGCGACGAGGUCGGCGCUGUGCUGAUCUUCGACGAGAUCCAGUGCGGCCUGUCUCGUACCGGUAGCUUCUGGGCUCACGGUCACCCCUCUCUGGCCCCGGCCUCCGGCGAGGCCGCGCACCCUGACAUUCUAACCACCGCCAAGGCCUUGGGUAAUGGUAUUCCCAUUGGCGCGACCAUUGUCUCUGGAAAGACGGUCGCAUCCCACAUCAAGACUGGUGAUCAUGGCACCACAUUCGGUGGUAACCCGCUGGCCUGUCGUGUUGCCUACCACAUUGUCGCGCGCCUCGCCGACCCCGAGCUCCAGAGUGCCGUCAAGGACAAGUCGGCUGUCUUUACCUCUGGAUUCCAGGCUCUGCAACAGAAGUACCCCGAUGUUGUCUCUGAAGUUCGCGGCCGCGGUUUGAUCCUUGGCCUCCAGCUGUCUCCCGCUUUCUCCUCCAAGGCUGGCGAUAUUAUCACUGCCGCCCGUGAGCGCGGCCUCUUGAUCAUCACUGCUGGUGAGGGCUGCAUCCGCUUCGUUCCUCCCCUGACGAUCACGGAGGAGCAGAUUCAGACCGGCUUGAACAUUCUGGAGCAGGCUCUGGCUUCGGUCAUGACCAAGGCCUAA